AUGAGCAAUCUCUUGGCUGUCUUUUUAAUCGCCGCCUACUUUACGGUGCCUCUCGCUGCCAUGUUUUCCUGGAGAUUCGUCAGAAGCGUGGACUUUGAUGAUAAAAAGUCAGAACACGAACUUCUAGGAGAGUAUUCUAUAGCGUUUAAAGACUGUGCUGAGAAAUGUCGGGGGGAUUUUCUCCCUAGAGAUUGUAAGGAACUCCUUGAUAACGACUACACAUAUACAGGGGUGUACGACGUCUACCCUUAUGGAAUCAGCUCUAUUCCAGUCAAGGUGUUUUGUGACAUGUCUACAAUGGGAGGGGGAUGGACGGGAAUUCAAAAACGGAUGGAUGGAUCCGUGACCUUUGAUAGGAACUGGAUAGAUUAUAAAAAUGGAUUUGGUUCAUCGGAAGCGGAAGUCUGGAUUGGACAUGACGUACUCCAUCAAUUAACCAAAGAAAACUCAUCGUCCCUUUAUGUGUCCAUCACUCUCCAGAAUGGUACAACUCUUUAUGAAAUGUACGACGGAUUCUCGGUCUCCAAUGAAGCAGGAAAAUAUCAACUCUUUCUAACAGGACCUGCCACGGGGACCUUAGGAGACAGUAUGAUAGACACAGGUUAUCCUUACCAUGAUCUGUCUGGGAUGUCAUUUUCCACCCCAGACAGGGAUAACGACAGACAUAGUGAUAAUAACUGUGCUGCUGCUAGUAGCCGUAGAGGGGGCUGGUGGUUUAAUUCCUGUCACCGCGCCUUCCUUAACGGUGUGUGGUCCUCGGAGUCCUGGCACUGGCCAUGGGAUCCCACAGUAAGGAGUGGGAAAUCAGUGAAGGGAACCACCAUGAUGGUCAGACGUCACUAG